AUGGAUCAAGAUGCACCGUCUCUUCCGCCUCCUAAAAACACUUUCACCAUCAAAAUCGGGCUUAUAGGAGACGCUCAAGUGGGCAAAACAUCUCUGAUGGUCAAAUACGUCGAAAAUGUGUUCGAUGAAGAAUAUACACAGACUUUGGGAGUGAAUUGUCUCAGCAAAAAGAUUACAUUAGGAUCGGCCGAUAUUCUUUUCUAUAUAAUGGAUCUUGGUGGACAGCGAGAGUUUAUAAAUAUGUUGCCAUUGGCCUCUGAAGGUGCCAAAGCAAUCGUGUUUCUUUUCGACCUCACACGACCAGAAACGCUCAAAUCGAUUCAGGAAUGGCAUCGACAAGCCACGGGAUUCAACGAGCGGGCCGUGCCCUUAUUGGUGGGAACAAAAUACGAUCUGUUCGUUAAUCUAGAUCCAGAUUUGCAAGCACAAAUCUCCAAGCAAAGCAUGCGAUAUGCACAGGCAAUGGACGCCCCACUCGUAUUUUGCUCCACUUCGCAUUCCAUAAAUGUUCAAAAAAUCUUCAAAAUCAUCAUUGCCAAGCUUUACAACUUGACCAUGCGUGCUUCAGAAAUCAAACAAAUUGGCGACCCGUUGCUCAUAUACAAGCAUCUGGGCGGUACGCGCAGGUCCGCUUCCGCGUCGUCAAACUCACCGGGUCCGUCAACAUGA